UCAUUUGUUUUGACUGGUAAUUUUCCCUCAUCUUCUAUCAACUUAUUUAUUUAUUGUAAUUUAGAUUUGAUUGAUUGAACAAUUAUUGGUUGAGUAGCCGGGUGGUAAUAUUUGUUUAGGUAACGAUUUACAUUUAAAUUUAUGAUGAAUUAUAGAACCGCUAUUUAUCCGAUUACUUGUUUUGAUUUCGACGGGAAAGGGCGCGUGUCUAAAGUCCCCGGUCGGCUAUUCUUCAACGUCCAAACCGUAGUUUGGAUUUCACAGUAUUUUUGUCACAGCGUAAAACUUUAAAUCGUAGGGCACCAGGACUCCUAAUUCUUUUUCGACUUGGGAUACUACUAGAGAGGAGGUACCUAAGUUGUAACUGCAGUCUGCGACAUGUCGCAGAUGGACUACUUUACACUUUGAAGUGUUAAAGGUAAGUCCGUUAUCGUCUGCCUAACUUUGAAGUCGAGUCAGAUCCUCCUGAAGUGCCUGCCUAUCGUCUUGGUUGCGUAUCUCUCUUCAAAGUUUCACGUCGUCGGCAAAAGUAAUAAGGCUGACGUUACCUGUUGGGUAAGAUCAUUUAUGUGAACCAAGAAGAGAAGAGGUCCUCGUACUGAGUCCUGGGGGACCCUACUAGGACAUUCCAUAGCCUGAGAUAAGGUGAAAUUAGCCCUGACCUUAAAAUGUUGAUUUUCGAGUAUGAAGUAAGCCAAUCGAUUAGAGGUGGUCUGAUACCCAAUCGUUUGAGUUUAUUGAUAAGACAUGUAUGGUUAACCUUAUCAAAAACUUUUGAGAAAUCUAGGUAGAUGAUAUCAACCCUCCCCUUGUGAUCGAGGAUGCUUGUCCAUCUGUCCACCGCAGUCAGCAGGCUGGUAAUACAAAAAUAACCCUUCGUGAAACCAUGCCGUUGAGGUGAGAAGAAAUUUAAGGACAGUAAAUAGUCAUAUAUACCAUCGCAUAUCAAGGACUCCAUGAUUUUUGAGGGUAUGGAGAGAAGAGCCACCGGUCGGUAACUUGGAGGUUCGCUGAGUCGACCUCCCUUGAAAAUUGGUGUGAUGUAAGUAAGCCUCCAAUUGUCCGGUAGUGUGAGAACAGCACGCUAAGCGGCGUUGCCAAGAUUGAGGCUGCUUCCCUCAGUAUGACGGAAUGGACCAUAUCCGGGCCAGAAGUGUCUAAUCUUAAGUGUUGCAGUUUCCGGAACACCAAGUCAGCGCUCAAGCUCACUUCGGAAAGUUUUUUGGAGUUGUAGAUGAAGCUUUCAUCAGUAUAGUUGAUGUGGGUCAGUUGAAAUGUCCGAGAGUAUUGUUCAGCCAAAAGGCUAGCGGCGUCGCCGUCGUCGUUGGUCGGGCUGUUAAGACGUAGCAGUUAGGAAAAUCCAAGUUUUCAAUUCAAAAGAUAACCUGAAAUACUCAAGAUCAGAUUUGAAUGGGCAAUCAGAAAUAAAUGAAAAUCAACUGUUCCGAAAAAAUUCAAUCGAAAAUUUACUCGAUAUGCCAAUCCUUAGAAAGGAGCUGACCGAAAUAUUGUCAUUCUCUGCUCUUGUCCCUUCACUUAAACCGUCAUGUGUAUAUAGACAACUGGAUGACCAAGUUUCACCAGAAUCCAACGUUCCAAUGUUAGUCAAGCGCUACUUUGAUGAAUUUGGAUUUCGAAUAGAUGAUCUUGAAAACCUUCCAUGCCCAUUCAUCGAAUCAUCUGCCAAUCGACGUGCUUGGUUGACCUGCUUGGAAUUCUCUCAUACUCAUACACUGGGUAUAUCAAGUCUAGACGAAUAUGAUGCCAGAUAUAGUUCAGUUGGAUCUACCGUCGAUGAAGAUGAUGAUCAAUUAUGGUCAAGAGUAAACUUGCGUUUAGUUCAGUCACCCAGACUAACAGAACUUAUUCGAGGACAAGCCUUAGAUGUAGAAGCCCUUGCUAGAUCUGGUGAACAACUUGGGAUUCCUCAUUCUCUUCGACCUCAUAUAUGGCCUAGACUAACAGGAGCCUUAUUAAAGGCAAAAGAAUCUAAACAACGGAUCCCUUCGAUCACAUAUACUGAAUUAGUUCAACUCAGCUCUACAGACACACUUUUGGCCGGAAUUCAGAUUGAAAAGGUUGCUUAUUUUUUAUAUCGCUUUUAACUUGUUUAUAAACAAAUUGUUCGUUAAUUUUGUAGUAUUUACUUAUUGAAUAAUUAUAUUACAUUAAUGAGGCUCAUAAUAAUAAGUAGAAAACGAAAACGGAUUAUAUGUCAAAUAUGCAUUGCUCUUAUUAUUUGGAAAAUAUUCUCAUACAGUUUGUUUGGUAAAUGCAAUUAUUUACAUACUUUAAUUUUGUUUGAUUUCUGUCAGAUUUUAUAGUGAAAUUAGUUUUAGUAUUUGAAAUUUAAAUAUAUACAUACAGUCAUAUGUACAUCUUAAUGUCCUCUUUAUCGAAUGAAAUAUUUAGAACCAAGCAUGUAGUAAGAUCGGCAUCCUGUCUCGAUGGCUUACUAUUCAGUUUUCUUGGCUACCGAUUUAAUAGGGAAUUAAACCAAGUCCGAUUUUCGUAGCAAGAACAUCACAUUUAGAUGAUCAGAUUAAUUUAUUGGAAUGUAUAACAGAACAGUCCCUUCUCUAAAUAAACAUGUAACUAGCUUUUAGAGUUCUUAUAAGAUAUGCAUAAUUAAUAGUUGAGAGAAAAGUAUAAACUGCACGCUCCAUCCUCGGUCUUUGUGUUUUGAUUUUGGACUAACAUCGCCACUCUGUUCAAUGACAACAGUAGUCCAUUAGGACAGUAACUAUUUGCAUUAAACUCUUCAAACAUCCUACUUUGAAAGAAAUCUAAUGGAAAAUUGUUUUAUCUGCCACCUACACUAGAAAGUUUUCAAAAACUCGAAUAUGCAAAUCCAUCUGUAUUACUUUUCAUUGUCAACUUUUGUUAUCACCUUUAAUUGAUGAUAACUUCGUUUAUUGUUGACAGGGUUCUGUCGCGUAAAAAGAAUAACAAAUAGUCGAAACUCCGUAAAAUCAUUUAUCACCACUCAUUGAAUAUACAGUGGUUCCUUGUUUUACAUGUAUAAGUAAUGGUCGAUUCCGACAUAACAAUUGGCGACGAUCAGUGAUAACAAUAAUACAAAUUGAAAUUUCAGUAAAAUGUGAUUACUCCUCUCUUCACCGCCUUAUUUCUUUUAUGUUCUAGGAUCUUUUCCGUACAAUGCCAAAUAAUCUAUGUUUCCAUUCCUCAAAUUCUACUGGUAUUUCGCGACUGCGUCGAGUUCUGCGUGCCCUAGCUUGGUUGUAUGUAGAUGUAGGAUAUUGUCAAGGCAUGGGAUUAGUAAGUCAAUAAACAAAAACAGUUCGUUGUUUAAAUUUCCUCCUUUCUCAAAAAAGCUCGCUUAAUAAUUAUUCAAACAAAAAAACUUCGUAUUAUAAGGCACCAAGAAAGCCUCCAUGGUAAAGUAAGUGAUAGUUAAGGUAGAAAGUUUAUUGUUAGUGGAAGGUCAGUUGUACCUAAGGCUUAUCGCUACAAUAAUAUAAAUAGUGGCUGCAAAAAUACACUAUGUGAUUUCGAUAUCGAAAUCCAACAUUCAAUAUCGUCUUUCAAGGGGUAACUCGUUUAUUUACUGAAAACCAAGAUUGAUCAGAUCCUACUACUUAGCCCAGUAGACCUAAUAAUAAAAACUGAUAAAUAUUCGGCAUAAACAAACAAUCAAACACCACAAUAAACAACUGUUAUUAUAGAAUACCUUAAUACCAAAUCCCAUUCUAUAUUAUGCUGUGCCACUACUUAUCUCGUAUUAACAAUAUUUGUUAUUUAUUCGUACAAUUCUCCUCUGCUUUCCCUUUUUACCAUCCAUUGGGAUCAUAUAUAGCUAUGACCUUAUUAACUAGAGCAUAUCUACCACUGUUUUAUCGGGUUUUUUGAAAAAAAUAUUUUUUUAACUAUUGAUUUCAUUAUUUUUACUAACUUUUCCUGUUUCCUGUAAACGAAUUAGUUUUAUUUUCAUUAUAGUAGUAUAACCUGAACUAUUAUUGCUUCGGUUUUUAGUAGAAAUAAGCUUGAACCAAGGGGGAAAUUUAUUCUCCUGUUACUUAGAAAUUUGUUUCACAAUGUGCUGUAAGAUAAGAGAAAAGAAGUGAGGUCAAUUAUAAUUGCUUCGAUAGUGUUAAUAGCUUUAAUGGUAUACCCUCUAUACUAAUAGUCAUUAUGACAAAAUCGCACAUAAACGUGCCAAAUCUUAGUGAGGAAGUUCUACGUAUUAGGCCAGUAAAGCAUGACCUGACGGCAGGAACUCACUUUGUCAAUUGGCCUGAAGGUUGUCAGUCUAACCCCUAUGGUAAGAAGCUUUUCUAAGGAGUUCCAAAAUAAAAGGCUACAUUUUUUUUAAAGUUCACCUAAUAAUGAUCAGUAUGUCUAGAAAUUAAAUUGCAAUUAGUUAUCAAUAAGCAAUAGAAAUAAUUAUUUAAAUCCAUAAAAAGCCAUGAUUUUUUCAAGAAUAGUAAUUAAGGCUUAACACGAAAAAACAUAAUGGCCCUUACUCAGUCUUGUAGGUCAUUAGUACCUCACUCAUUCAUCAAAACACGACUUCUAACGUAACCUGAUUUUAUCACAUUGUUUAAUAUGUGUAUGUUUGUGCUGCAUGACAUUCAUCUAGCCCGACGACUACAAUAUUUGUGCGAACAUUUCUUUGAACUUCGUUAACCACAAUAAAUUAACCUGAAUUUUCAUUUCAUUUUUUUCACUAACCUUUUAUGCGUACAAUAGAUAGUUGCAAAUUUAUUAUUAUGCUUAGAAGAAGAAACAGCUUUUUGGAUGAUGUGCAGUAUUAUUGAGGAUCUUCUACCACCAUCAUAUUUUUCGUCACUUAGUUUAUUGGGUGUACAAGCUGACCAACUUGUACUGAAUCAUCUACUUCCAUUCUAUCUACCAGAAUUAGAUGCACGUUUAAAAGAAUAUGAAAUAAGUAAGCAAAAUGUUCAUUCUUCAAAAUACCGUGAACAGAUUCUCCGUUUUUUCAUACAUAACAUCUAAUUUAUAGGUGUUGAAUUAAUCUUUGUAUCUAAUAUCAAAUGAUGUAAGACAGUUACUGGUAAUAACAUGUUAUAACUUGUGGCCCUGUGCCCCUAUCAGUAUAUAACGUAAUGAUACCACCAAUUAGAGAACAGCGACUUAUCGACUAGACCAAUGACGCGUAAACCCGUACGAGUGGUCUAGAAUCCUUAUCAGACCGUCUCCCUGCCUAGCAAUGCCUGUUGAGUCCAAAACACCAAUCUCAGCCUCUGAAAUAUGAGUCAUGUAUUUCAAACACACUGUAUUUAUAUACAAACCAAACAGACCACAUCUCACCACAAAAUAGAAAACAAUAUUUGUACAAGAUCUGGCCAAAAGUGGCUGUGAAUGUGGGAGAUUGUAAUUAAUAGACUGAGCAUAAUUCAAGAACAGUAAGUCGCAUAAUAAUAGUCUAUGGGUCAAGACAAAGCUUAUAAUAGGAGGAAAUUGAAUAUGCAUAGUUUAGUUACAUAACAAUUAUACAAUAAAAAUAUAUGCAUCAUAUUGGUCCAUAAAUAGGUCUCAAAAUUACUAUUCAUAAUUCUCGUCAGGAUAUAGCAUAAUAUAAUUCCUACUACUAUCCCAUCUUUUCUGUCAACCAAGUGCUUAAACAAUAAAAUGAGAAGUUGAUCUCAUUUUUACAGUUAUAUUAUUUUUUUCCGUAGAAAGGAAACCUGUUUUUCCAUUAAACUGUUUGUAAAAGUAAUGAUGCAUUACCUUUCCAACGUUGAGUUGCGUCUUGUAUUUUUCAAGAAAGUAGCUUAUUAUGUCAUAUAUAUAUUGGUUUUUUGACUCAUCGCUUUUCGUGAUAUUGUUUAUCUACACCAGAGCAUACACAAGAAUCAACAUGAAUGCUAGGUCACAAAAUGUGCCAUCAAAACAGAUUUUCUAUCUAUUUUUUAUUGAUCGAAAUCUUGAUUUUUAUUUUCUUAUUUUCCUGUGUAUGUGUGCUCACUAUUUUGAGUACAAAAUAAAUAGCCUUAGUUAUUUUACUAUAUCAAUCGAAACAUGGUGAUCGUUACAUGGUAUCCUGUCACUGAGCUUAAAGAAUCAGACACCUACUUGCACAGACUGGUGAAUUUCGAUUGCUUUUGUAAAUGAAAAAGCAUGAUACCUUAUAGACAAAAUUAUAUGUAUUUAUUUAUAAACUAUAUUCUCUUUGACUGUGACUAUUUUAAAUGCUGGAGAGGAAAGUAGGGAUAUUACAAAAACGUUUGUACUAAUCACUUUGUUGAAAGGUCCUGUUUCACAGAAUUAAAACUGUUCUACAAUAUUGAAAAAAAUUUUUGAUCGCACCAGACGAGUAAAAAGUUACAGGUAUUUUGAUAAACCUUAUCCUGCCUUAUUGACUGUGAUUCGAUAAAAUUUCAUUGGUCUUCCACAGUCAGUAUAUCUCCCCAACAAACAUAAUCGAAUUGACCAUUAAACUUUCUAUACAAAAGUCUGUAACAACUACAAGUCUUUUAGAUUCCAUUAGCACAUUAUUACGAGUUAUGUUCUGAUGGUUUUACCAGUCCUACUAAAUGUAACCAUAUCUUAAAUCAAACCACCUUCAGUUGUGUUUCAUAUAAUCUCUUCCAGGCAGACAAAUAAGCCCAAAGGAUUAACCAAUCUUCUAGGUACUGUUGUGACGUACGGCGGCCAAAAUCUGAUACUGAUACACGGUAUGCUAUGCGCUAACCCCCCAACUGACUACUUGAGCGAUAAAGUGUUUUGAUCUACCGAAUGAAAUGCACAAAUAUUCAUAUAUAUACCACUCUAUCCUUAGGAAAUUAAUCCAUUGACCCCACUGAAAUGUACUUGAGCUUGGGUCACUUAUGAUUACCAUCGAUUGACCUUUUGCUACUUCUGAUUGGCUCUCCAUAUCAAGUACACUUGCAUUUUUGUAAAAAAUGAUACAACUCAGAAUUUUCAAAUAGUUUUUCAAAGUUGAUCCCAUUAACUUAACAGUUAAACCAAGCUGAUUGAGUAAGCACCAUGAUUAUUUCAAACAUUUGUUAACUUGUUUUCUUUUUCCUUUUUACACUCUGGACACAGGCCUACCGCUCAUUACGCUACAGUGGUUUCUCACGCUGUAUUCAAGUGUAUGUCCUACAGCUUUAACAUUUCGAAUAUGGGAUUUAUUAUUUUAUGAUGGUUCAGUUGUUCUAUUUCGCAUCGCCCUUGCACUUUUAUCCUACAAAAGCGAAGAAAUUUUGAAUUUAAACAAUUCAUCUCAGAUAUUCCACUCACUUUCUAAUGCACCAGGGUCAGUGACUGACGUAAAUGAAUUAAUCAAGGCUGCCUACAGUCUAGAUGAUGAACAUUUGGAACCAUCAAAUAUCAGUAGUCUUAGACGUCAUUAUUUAGCUCAACUUAUGGUUGAUGAAGGCGCUGUUCUGAAACCAGAUUCUCGUCCUAAUUUACCUAAACAAUAUCUAGCUAAACGACAAUUUCAACGACCCAAAUCUUUAUUCACUACAUUAUUUGCAUCUGUAGCGUCAAAUGGACAACCAUAUCGUCGAAUUACUGGCAUGGCUGUACCAUUUCAAUAUUCUAUUGGUAAUAAUGAUUUGUCACCGCCGUCAUCAUCUAUACAUUAUAAGCCUGCAUAUGUAAGUGUAAGCUUACAUGAAGGCAGCGUUGAAGCGGACGACCCAAAAUUGAAGAAUGUGCACCAAACGGAAAUACUUGUAGAAUUAAAACAAUCAAUUCAGUUGGUAUGUCAACUAAUAUUCUUUAUAUCGUUCUUAUUAUUUAUCAUAUUUUUUAACGUACGUAUACUGCUUGUAACAUCUAUAAUUAUCAGUGUUUCAUCUGUUUGUGUACAAUGUCAUAGUGAAUUGCUUUUAGAUGCCAGUAGUAUGAUUCCGUUUUUUUAUAGUUUACUUACCUUACAGUUUAGUGUAGACAGAUACAUGACUGGUGAGUUACAUUCAUUCAGUUAGGUUCCUUGUACUUCUGACGGUAGAUACUUUACAUCAUUGUGCCUAUGUCAAGACUUAAUGCGGUCUAAUUGUUCAUGUAUUACAUUACCAAAUGCCGUGGUACGGCCGAGAGUGGGGAGAGUCCGCUCUCCCCCUCCAAAUGCUCUCACAUGGCCACGCGUAUAUAGCUUCUACCAGGGAAGUCGUACUCACAGCCUUCUGGUGGCGAGGGUGUUAUCUACGAAAAUGAGAGGACGAAAAGCGAAUGUCCGGCGCUUUAACCAGAUUCCAAACCAAUGGUGCGCAUGGGCUCCAGUAUCCUGAGGGAACAUAUGGCGUAUGAACCAAUCGUUGGUCACCGGCUACCAUGGGACUGCAUCUCCCCACGAUGCCCCACUGCCUUGUGGGUCAGACCUUUAGAUCAAAGGCUCGGGGUGUGGCCCCCUAAGAAAACCACCUGCUUCGCUUUGGGCACCCUGGCAGUAUCAUAGCCCUCACAUAUAUCAAAUGAGAUUUAUGUGGCGCAUAUGUAUUUGGUGCCUCAUUGUACCAAUAUCUGUGUUAAAAUAAAUAAUAAAUAAGUGCACCGCCACACUUAUCUCGAAAAUCGUUGUUUAGCUGUCAGUGACAUUCUGGAAAUAAUUCCGAAGGAAGUACGUGAGGGUUUUUUUUGCCUGGUGAAAGUCUUUUCAACUUGUAGUACCUGAAUGACAUCCGAAUCGCAUCUAAUUAAUUGGUAACGUCCGUAAAUAUGGGAUAUACUUUUUACCCUUAAAAUCCAGUGUAUUAUUGCGAGGCUAACGAAAUCACUUAAAAAUAGUCAAGAAGUUAUGUCUUAUUAGUUGUGUGAGUGGUAAUGUUAGAAAAGGAGAUUAUAUCAAUGUGUGUAUAGUGAAAGUCAAAACGUUAUAUGUCAGUCUGAGCUGAGUUAAAUCAGUGGUAUACUGAUUUCGGUGACCUAGUCAUAUUUUAUGAGUACCAUUUCUGUAGCUUUCUACAUCGAGCUUUAUUUCCCGACACUUGGACUAAACAAAAAAAGCUGAAAGGGAGUCGUUUUAUAACAUGUGACCAUAAAAUAAAAGAUUGCUCUAUAGAACGGGCUUCUGUUGGUCCAUCAUGACUCCAUGGUUGAAUUCUUAGUGAUCGUGUCCUGGGAUAUUAUCAUCCGUAGCUCAAAAUAGAAGUAAGUUUUCUACCACACUUAAUAAAAGUAAGAUGAUCCUUCAUAAAUGAAGGAGUUCUACAUUAUCAUAUUUAUAAUGGAACUUUUCUCUAUAUUUACUAUUUUCUCUAUCUAGUUAGUGACCAUAUGACUUUCCUUUCUAAUAACUGUGCACAAUACUAUCAUUCUAUUUUGUAUUGCUCAUUCUUUUGAUGCCUUAUUAUGACAAAUAUUUCUUAUGUUACAAAUAAAUAAAGCUAGGUUUCGAAAUAAAAAAUGGUCACCGCCUAAUCGUGUCACUCAUCUCUCACUGUCAAUUUCAUCGUGUUGUUUUAUAUUUUAGAUUGUACGUCACUUCCGUAUAAAUGAUCCUGAACAACACGGUGACGCUACCGCACAUGCAGAUUAUUCAAUGGAAAGUCACAAAUUAGACCUCGAUUCUUAUGUACAAGUAAAUUUUAGCUACUUAUAAUUUUGUUUGGUUCUUCUACGUUUGCUAUUUACUAACUGAAAUUUAUCAACCAUCUGGCAAGAGAAACAUUCAAGUGCUAACUCUUUGCAUUUAUAUUUUUCUAUCGCUGUAGAUGAGAUCUCAUCGGUCUUCAGUACUUAGAGACCUCAUGACGGUUUAUAUAAAUCUCGUAUAAGUCGUUCACUUGAUGAAACCUAUCAUUAAUGGAUAAACUCUAAGAAUCAUUAAGCACUACAUAUGUUUCCAUUUUGUUUGGGACUACUCAUUUGAACUUUUCACUUAAUUCUUUCGAUGUCUCAAAAUCAACAUUUGUUUCCUGCUAACCAAUAGGAAAUUCAGGACAUUAUCCGACUACAUUUGCAUCGUAUAUUAAGUUUCUUUUUCGUCGACACACUUUCUCGUUUAAUUAUAACCGUGAAAUUAUUCGUUUUUGUCUUUCUCUUUCAAACUGUUUGUGAAUCUAGACAUGUAUAAAAAAGCAUUUCUUAUCCAAAUUAUGGCAGAAAAGAAAAUGAACAUACGUCAGUGUUCAUAUUCAAAUAUAAAAAUCGAAUUGUCAUGAUCAUUUAUUCAGUGAUCUCAAGAUCACUGUAUCUGAAGUCCUUUUCGGGAUUUUUAAUAUCGUAAAUGUAGCCAUUCAAAGACAUUGCUGUCACGUAUUAAACCACUGAUGUUAUGGUAGAGCUAUGCGUCUGUACGACAAUUCAUUGAUUUCAGGGUAUUACGUAGUUGUUACCAUGACGUAUUUCGUUCCAGCACUGGCUCAGGACUUUCGAACGGUUAACUUCUGUAACCAAACCACUAUAAUCCAUUGAGGAUUUUUGACGACAUUUCAGAGUCUGGUAACUUGAUUAUUUAAAAAGAUUAAUUCAGUAACUUCGUUCGUACUAUAGGUUUUGAACAUACAAACUUCUGCUCCAAUCAACUGUCGCCACUAUAAGAAAUGAUUUCUGCACUCAAUUGUUUACAUCAUUUCGAUCAAUUAUAGAUAAUCUACCAACUACUCAAUAAAAAUAAGUAUUUUAUAUUUAUGUCCUACGUCAUUAGAUCACAAAACAAAUUUUUAAAAAUCAUUAAUUAUUGUCUUAUUUUUUGUCAACACAUUUCUAUUAUGUCAUGUAGAAAAAUGAUCUAAAAAUUGUUUCAUUUACAAUAUUGUCUCAUUUACUCAGUAUUUGUGUCCUAUAUUGUAUAUUAUAUAUAUGCAUAGUAAGUCUGAAAAGUAUGAAUUGUUCAGGAAAUAUCAGAAGCAGACAAAUAUUUUAUUCUGUUUCGUUGUUGCAACAGAUAAUUUAGAACAGAAUUUCGCUUCUAAUUAUUAAAUCAUUGUUCUACAAGCCGUUUUCAUUAGUCAAUGGUUUCGGACUACAUUGUAAUGUUUCGUUUCGUCUGAGAUUCGAUUGACUGUCACCAUCCAUUCAAUAGAAGAUAGAUGUUUGUGUACAGACAUCAGAAUGUAAUAAAACACUUACAGUAAUCAAAACAAGUACCAACACUUUUUUAUAAUUUCUUAAACAUACCAUUUGUUUAAAAAUCAGAUCGUGCAACAUCGUAGACGACGUGCCAAAGCAUUGAUCGAUUUUGAACGCUUUGAAGUAGAUGAACUGGAAUUUCAUAAAAAUGAUAUCCUAACCAUUAUUAACUCAGAUGACGAACAUUGUUGGAUCGGUGAACUAAACGGUCAACGAGGUUGGUUUCCUGCCAAGUUUGUUGAAUUGUUAGAUGAACGUGGAAAAAAUUAUUCUCCAGCUGGUGAUGAUGGUGUAGACAGAUUAAUUAUUGGCCUUGUUCGCGGAAGGUAAUUUUAUAAUCAUUAUAUAUCUUAAUCACAAUUCUUAUAUUUUUAUAACCACACCUUUUAAAAGAUUUGCUAGUUACAUUGAUCAAAGUUCAAAGAUGAUAAAAUGCAUGUACUUAUAUUUAACUAGAAUGACUAAACUUUUCAACAUUUUUGUUCUGAUAGGCUUAUGUGUUUACCCAUUGAGUUGCCAAUUAUGUCCUAGUCAUAGCAUUCCUGAAUUGUACAUGUGUUUACCAUCUUAUCUGGUUAUUAAUAAUACAAGUGAAUUUAGGUUAUUGGCUUUUUUUGCAGAAUAAUAAAUCUCUACACAGAUAAGUUAAAGUGAAUAGAAUGUGGUUAGAAAAUAUUCAUUUUGUUCUACCCACUUUUUAACGUAGUGGGAUUAGGUAUUGCUUCUCUAGAGUUUUUUUGGAACGAAAUUAAGGUCAUCAAUUAUUUGUUUUUAUUGAGAUAAAGAAUAGAGUAAUUCUUUUUUUCUCCCUUCUGAAUAAAAAAUAAAAUUUAGAAAUAAGUUCACCAUCUACUAUAGGUUUUAUUAUAGUACUUGUUAUUAUUACUCCAUUCUUAAUUUCUCUCUAUUCUCUUCUUUCCAAACUCCCUUAAAUAAUCUUUAUUAUUUCACUUACACCCAUACUAAUGUACAAUUAGCAAAAGAAUUUACAACUUAGUAAGUUAAAUACACGACUUUGGAACAUAAAGUCACACUCAUUAACCAGCUAUUGAGUACAUCUAGUGAAUCCACUCACGGUCGACAGUCCACGAAACAUUCUCAACUACUAAUCAAAAUACUAAUAAAGCCAACCACUUAUCUCCUACUAUCUUUUGCUACCCAGAAAAUAAUUUGACACAUUUUACAUUUCCGUUUAUACUCCGUAUUAUCAUUGAUUAAUUGGAUCAGAGUAGUUUUGGCCCAUAAAUCAAAUCACUGGUACGUUCAAGGCAUCUUAUUAUUUCAAAAGUAAAAGUUGAUAGAUUUUUAAGAUUAAACGUAAUCGUGUUUGCUCACUAAAUUAAAUUACAUAACAUGUCCACAUACACAUUGCUAACCCUGACGUUUCACGUUUUUUUCGCAAUCUAAUCCCAUCUAAAGUUUCUUGGAAUGUGUCACUCAAAUAUGAUUGAUUUUUAUCUAAUUGAAAGGCUAUGUAUAAGAUUUGUGUAAUAACAUUCUAUCUUCCUUUACAUCCUCCUAAGCAUUCCGCCAUUUUAUACAUCGCCUUGAGUAAUAAUUCGUUUCUCCCCCUCUAAAUCCUAAAUAUUGCCCCAGAACUUGUCUGUCUGAGGUAACGAGUGUAUUACAUAUACAUAUCGAAAAUUCAUUCUCGUAUUCGACUUAGUUUGUACCUUUAUUUUUUAACGCUAAUCAAGUCGAUAAUUAUAUACGAGGGUAGCCGACAUUCAUGUUUCGUUAACAUCAUACGAUCAAAUCGGAGUUAUAUCAACGGGCCACUCAAAUCUAAUCAACUUUGGUUAACGUCUGAUAAAAUCUCGACACAAAUUCGUAAAACCUGGUUUUCUUUUUCUUACUUGCGUCGCUUGUUUUUCCUUUAGUUUUUGCCAUUCACUUGGAGCUGUAUUUUCACAUGGAUUGAAGCGACCACGUCUACUCGGUGAUACUGGUUGUCAUCCAUGGCAUUUUAUUGAAGAAGCUGCGGCUAAAGAAGUAGAAAGAGAUUUCUCUUCUGUUUACUCACGUUUAGUAUUAUGUAAAACCUUCCGAUUGGACGAAGAAGGCAAAGUCCUCAGUCCGGAAGAAGUGUUAUAUAGAACAAUACAUAGUAUAAACAUGUCACACGAUUUAGCUAAUGCUCAUAUGGAUAUCAAAUUUCGUUCCUUGAUCUGCUCAGGUUUAAACGAACAACUAUUACAUCUAUGGUUCGAAAUUCUUUGUUCAUCAGUUAAAGUAGUUAGUAAAUGGUAUCAUCCUUGGUCAUAUCUUCGCAGUCCUGGUUGGGUUCAAAUUAAAUGUGAAUUACGUGUUCUUAGUCAAUUCGCGUUUCAUUUAUCACCAAUAUACGAAUUAAACAGUCUUCAAAAUUUCAAUCAUAUUCGACAAACUGGUUUUACGGCGUCUAAAUUAUUUGCUUUAUCAUCGGAGAGUUUGCCGCGUCGUACCAAUAAAUCCAGCUCAAAGGUAAUAUCUACGAUGGGUAAUGCAUUAGACUUGCAUAAAGUCAAACCUUUACAACGUUUAAUGACUGCUUCAUCUGUUGUCGAUCCAAUGAAUGAUCCGCCAUGUCUGUCUUUAUCAUCAAUUCUAAUACCCAAUGAUGAGAAUUUGAAUGAAAUAGAUAGUAACAUGACAACAGCUGCAACAGAGACGACCGGAGACAUGCUAGUCAAGUAUCAUCUCUUCAGCUGGGAAUUGUGACAAAUGUCUUAAUACCAGCCGACGUUUUCACUCCUUGUUGUUGUUUUGCUUCACGAUUUCGCACCAGUACUCAGAAGUGGGUCUUGAACAAGAUCAAUUUUUCUGUGAUUCCUUUUCUAAUUUUUUGCCUACCGCUGUUUAUCAUGCCUCUUUUAUUUCUAUGUGACUCGAAGUUUUAUUAUUUUAAACUGCGAUGACUGACUAUUUUUUGUGUCUUUUGUUCAAUUAGACUUCCAUGAUUUCCUCUCUUUAAAUUAUAUAUAUUACAAGAUGGCGGUCUGUCAUGUCAUUUUGGUGUUGGUCUUGUGAUAUUUGUCUGUUAGAGGGUACGUUCAAUUUUUAGUCGUGUCUUACUGUAAACUGUUGUGAUUGUUUCCUUGCUUUCGUUCACCUCAUGGUCUUUCUUUCAUAUCACAUGAAAAAUUUGUUUCUAUUCUCAGUUAACUUGGAAUUAGUCUUUUUUGUCUAUACAUAAUGAGUAGGUUUCGUUGACUUUCCAAGAUCUUUGUAACAAUAUAAGAUAUGUGUUUCGUACACCAAGAAUCGUAUUUCAUUUGUAUUUAUUCACAUUUUUCCAAUUUCCAUGAAUUUACUCUUUUUCUAAAAACAAAGUAUAUAAAUUAUGUAUUUGUUUAACUCUUUUCUCUACCUGAAUCAUUCGAAAUAUACACGAUAACUGCACUUUUGUAACGGUGUUUUGCAAUACUAGUAUAUUUUUAUAACUAUUACGUACAUAUAAACAUAUAUUUUGGCGGUGCAUCAUGUCUGACAAAAUGUCGUCAACUGAAUGUGAUAUAAUAACGAAUCAUUUCCUUUUUUUCAAGCGAACUAUUUUGUGAAAUUUUCAAAGUUUAUUCACAUCGUGUAAACGCUUGUCUGUGUGCUAUCACUACAUAAAUAUCUGUGAAUCGUUUGUUUAUGAUUGCAGUCUUGUGUCGUACGUGUCUUUUUGUUUCGUCUAUUCACUCAUUUCCUUUUUUGCUUUAUUCGUAUUGUUUUACUGAUAAUAUACACAUAUAGGUGUUUAUCCGUCUUCAUUUUCAUUCUUCCUCCACCCCCCUCCUCACUUUCCUAACAUUUUGAUCUAUUUUCCAGUGUAUUGUGAGUCAAACUGUGAUUCAAUAGGUUAAAGUUUUGUUUGUAUGCAUAUGUUUGUUUACUGUUUGUUGAAAAAAGUAAGAAAAAACCGUUCAUGUUUUUCUUGAUCGUCCCAAUCACAAAAUAAAGACUAAUAAAAUUCGAAAAAUUCCCUCCAUUUUUUCAAUUGUGUUUUCCAGGUUACACUUUCGACUUUAUGUAGAAUAGAGUUUUAAAGUAUUCUGAUCUCUUAACUGUUUCACCAGUAAUUCGUCAUCAUAUCUACCCAAUUUUGAUAAAUACACAUAAAAUUGUCUACGCUUAUGUGAUAGCUUGCUAUAAAUUAACUUCAAAUAAUCCAGUAAACGAUAUAAAUGCGUGUUUAUUUGUAUACCAAUAGGUUCCUGUUGUAUGACUCAGGUGAAAUCAAAAACAAAUUAUGGGGCAAUAGAAACGUCUAUCAAAUUACUGGUAAACAUCGAGGGUAUAGCUCAACUAUACAUGUUAAUUGUAGGAUCUUGAUCUUACGAUGUCUGUAAUUCAUCUCAAUGUGAGCUAUUGAUUAAUUAAUAGUGAGUGCUGCGGAUUUGAGUGUACUCAGAACUUACUCUUGUCACCCUUCGUGAAGGAGCAUAGGCCGCCCACAAGGUUUAUUCGAAAACUAGCUAUUAAUCAAUGUACAUAUAAUGUUGGGUCUAUUUUGAAUGUGAAAAUUAAUCUCCGUCUCAGUUAUAUCCUUUCUGUCUUUGGACUGUGCCGAAUAAGACUGGAUGGCUUGUGUUGUGGCUUGUAUUUAAGUAGUAGUGUGGUGUUUGCUACUUAGGCUGACAGAUAUAAGUAGUGUUUAGCAGCAAUCGGAAGUGGAAUACCUACCAGCAGGAGAUCGGAGAGCAAUCGAAAUAACAAGUGAAUUAAAGGAAUAAUAUAGUAUAUAAAAAGACAAUGCAAACGAUGUAUUUAAUGUAUGAUUUUCAUACUUCACCAAGCCACUUUGUGAUUUUACAUUAAACAAUAAAUUGGUUUGCCCCACCAAGUCUUCGAUCAACAGACAAUACCCGGACAUCUCAGCUUUAUUGGUUUGGAACACAUAAAACAUGUUGAUUGAAGCCAGCCAGUUCUCCAAACAAUAGUAAAAGUCAUUGAAUUUCAAACAAUAGUUGAUAACAAAGGAACUGAAUCCUCGAAAACCAAUAAUCGAUAACCACAUUCAUAGACUUAAUGGUGUGGAGGAGUUCAAUAAAAUUUAUUCUAAAUUAUGGUUCGCAAUCAUAGUAUGCGGUUCCGGAAGAUUCUUUGAAUUGAAAAGGUCCAAAGAUCUGUCGCACUUUUUAGUGAUAAAUUAUUUUACAAAAUUUAUGAUAUGGUUCAUUCUUCAAACAUCUUGAGGGACUUUUAUCAAAAGCUGCUGUGGAUUAAAAUCAAUAAUAUGCCCCCGUAUAUUAUACUUUAAUUCGAACCGUAAUAACAACGUUGAACUAAUUCUUUCUUACUACACUAAGGAUGAUACCACACAUUUAUGAAUCUUACUAGUAAGUAAACAAAAAUAACUAGCUUAUCGUGAUUUGAUAAAAAAAACAUUACAAGAUUCAAUAUGGUGCAUAUCUCAUAUGGCAACCAUCACAAACGAAUAUAUGCAGAAUUGAUGUUUUCCUAAUUUUGGUUUUCGUUGUUCUAAAUCAUGAAGUAGAUAAAUACGAUAAAAUUACACAACAGAAUCAUGUUGAUUUGGAGGCUUCACCUUCUUGGUCACAAUCCAAUUACGAAUCGAAGAACAUUCAAAAUAUGAAAAGGAAAUCUUUGAUUAUUACCCGUCUCUCAGUGGUUUUUAAAAUAACAAUAGUUUGUCACAAAAUUUAUCUUUAAUGUCUUUUACAGUUGUGAUAAAUUACCCAAAUUAAUAUUGUAUAUAAAUUUUGAUUACUAGCUGAAACUACGUAUAUGCGCCCAAAAAGAAUGAUCAACACGUCUGAGAAAAAAUAUGCAUAUAUUGGUUAAAUUAGUGUUGCUUUAUUCAUAUUCAAUCACGCUUAGUGCAGACAAAGGUUUUAAUCACCUUACAAAGUUAAAAAGAAUAAAAAAGCAGUUUGAUUUAAGUUUUGCGCGAAGUCCGUCACGCCCAGCACCACUUGUCACUUUACCGUUCAUUUAACUAAUGAGUCCUGGGUAUUUAAGCCUACUUUUCAUCGAAAAUUUUAUUUCAAGCCCCAACUUUCUGUAUUUUGGCGUUUCUUAUGUGGUAUAUUGGCCUGAACUUAACUAACAUAUGCAUUAGAGAAAGUUGCGGAUAACUCCAAAAGCUUGACAUGAAAUCUUCGGUGAAAAUUCCACUAAUAUUCAGCAGCCACCCACUAAAUGAAUAGGAAAUUGAUCGAAAGUAUUGAGUGAAGCACUCAUUGGGAAUAGGAGAUAACCUCAGUUCACAGGUUCCUAAAACUCACUCUAUAGUUUUACUUAUAAUGCUGACCUGUAUCAAACCCUGCAG